GUAGAAGAGCUGAUGAAUGCACUGGAAAAGACUAGACAAGAAUUAGAUUCUACCAAAGCCCGUCUUGCCUCAACACAGCAGUCUUUGGCUGAAAAAGAAGCACAUCUGGCUAACCUGAGAAUAGAGCGAAGAAAACAGCUUGAAGAAAUUCUAGAAAUGAAACAGGAAGCUUUGCUUGCUGCAAUUAGUGAAAAAGAUGCAAACAUUGCCUUGCUUGAACUGUCCGCUUCAAAGAAAAAGAAGACUCAAGAGGAAGUAAUGGCUCUUAAACGAGAGAAGGACAGAUUAGUACAUCAGCUAAAACAGCAGACACAAAACAGAAUGAAACUGAUGGCAGAUAACUACGAUGAUGACCAUCACCACUACCACCACCAUCACCACCACCACCAUCAUCGAUCUCCUGGGAGGCCACAACACUCCAACCACAGACCCUCUCCAGAUCAG